CCUGGGCGGCUAGAAGGUCCGCAGUGUUAGCCUGGAGGCUGGUGGAGCGCGACUUCAGGGUUAAGGGGUGGGGCUGACGUCAGGAGGCAAGAUGGCGGCGGUGGUCGCUCUCUCCUUGAGGCUCCGCUUCCCGGCAACCCUUGGGGGAUCCUGCCUACAGGCCUGUCGAGGAGUCCAGACAGCUGCAGCUCCAGCCCCCCGGAUCAAGAAAUUUGCCAUCUACCGAUGGGACCCAGACAAGACUGGAGAUAAACCUCGUAUGCAGACUUACGAAGUUGAUCUGAAUAAGUGUGGCCCUAUGGUAUUGGAUGCUUUAAUCAAGAUUAAGAAUGAAAUUGAUUCAACCUUGACCUUUCGAAGAUCAUGCAGAGAAGGUAUCUGCGGCUCCUGUGCAAUGAACAUCAAUGGAGGCAACACUCUGGCUUGCACCCGAAGAAUUGACACCAACCUCAAUAAAGUCUCAAAAAUCUACCCUCUUCCACACAUGUAUGUGAUAAAGGAUCUUGUUCCUGAUUUGAGCAACUUCUAUGCACAGUACAAAUCCAUCGAGCCUUAUCUGAAGAAGAAGGAUGAAUCCCAAGAAGGCAAGCAGCAGUAUCUGCAGUCCAUAGAAGAUCGUGAGAAACUGGAUGGGCUCUACGAGUGCAUUCUCUGUGCCUGCUGCAGCACCAGCUGCCCCAGCUACUGGUGGAAUGGAGACAAAUAUCUGGGGCCUGCAGUUCUUAUGCAGGCCUACCGCUGGAUGAUCGACUCCAGAGAUGACUUCACAGAGGAGCGCCUGGCCAAGCUGCAGGACCCCUUCUCUCUGUACCGCUGCCACACCAUCAUGAACUGCACCAGGACAUGUCCCAAGGGUCUGAAUCCAGGGAAAGCUAUUGCUGAAAUCAAGAAAAUGAUGGUAACCUAUAAAGAAAAGAAAGCUUCAGCUUAGCUGUUUCUGUGCUAAACGUGACUUGUAACCAGCUCAGAGCUGAACUUAAUUUAUAUCUGAUUUGAGUUCUUUAAAUGGCUUGAUUUUCCAUGAACACAGCAUGUAUAAUAAAAAUUUUAAGAAAUAAA